AUGAUCCAAAUCAAACAUCAAGUCAUCGACGGUGAACCCAGGGACACCAAAGCCACCUUCGGGCUCGACCUACAGAUCGCUUUCGACAAAGUCACGCACUCGACCAUCCUGCCGCAGGGAGUACCGCGACCGCCACCAGCCCUGGCUCAAAGGAUGCGGUCCACGCUCCCUUGGCCAGUGGUCCUGCUGGCCCGAGUACUGCGGCCGCUGCCGCCGCCUCAGUGCCAAUGCAACGACCCCGCAGACUCCCCACAAGAGAACCACAACCGGGCUUACUACGAGACGUGCGAGCUACCACUACUUCAAGUGCACGUCGAUAAAAUCGACGUCUUAUGUCCUGCUGUGGACACAGACGCUGAACGGUCAGCCAUGAAUAGUGUGUCGUCGGCGCCAUCCACCAACGAGAUGGCCCGCCAGCCCGUCUACGAGACGACGUUAGGCCCACGUGUCAAGCAGCGAGGACCCGACCAGGGCCCGGACCGACCUUCCCAGAGUCCCGCAAUCACCCUCCUCGGGCAGCAGCAGCAGCCGCGCGCAGGUCCGCUCCGCCCGAAGCCACCACCGCACCAGGGGAGCAGCCGCAGCGCCCCGGUAUCCUCCAUUACCCAGCAGCAACCAGUCCCAACACCCCAUGGUUCCAGCAGCAGUGGCGGUGGCAAUCCCUCAGCCCCGACUCCUGCCACCAGAGAUCACGACCCGGUGUUCAGGCAAGCGUCAGCGGCCAUUGACCAGAGCCAUCCACCACCAUGGUCGCCCACCUCGGCGAAGGCUCCCGCCGGGGCCGUCGCCGUCAAGCGCAACAUCCACGCAGGCGUCAAGGCGCUCUUUCAAGGGUCAGUGCGGCGCCCAAGGCACAGCGGCCACCGCAACGAAGCGCCGCCCCAGAAUGGCUCCGACCAUGCCCUCCAGCCACCCAGAGCACCACCACCCGCGGACAGCCUCCCAAGCUACCCCUGUGACAGUCCCCGAAAGCCUGAGGAGAAGAGGGGAAGACCGGCAGCACCACCCACAAAAAUAAACGGAGCGCCCUCCAAGGGAAUCUCCCCCACCCCACCCGAAACCUACAACGCUGAGCGGCAGGACAAUCGACGGCAAGACCUGCGAGCAGAGCGCAAUACUGGUGCGGGGCGUUUUUAG